UUUAUUUUAACCAUGUAUCAUUGUGUUUGAAAUUUAUUUCAAAGAGUUUAUGAAUAGUGAAUGCCAAAAAAUAAUUAUUUUAUACCUAACCUUACUUUUGAUUUGUUACUUAAACAAAUAUGAUUAUUUUUGUUACUCUAUCAGUAUAUACAAUGUAAUCAACAUUCAUGAAAAAAUCACAUUGAUAUGCACGUAAUUUGUUGCUUAGGUUCUAUGUUUCUCAUUGACAAAAUAAUGGAUGUUCCUGCUCCAACUCCACAAGAUCUUCAAAGAAAGCUUUAUUUUUUAGUAGAACAGCUUCAACAUAUGGCUGGGGAACUUCCUGCAAAAUACCAGAUGCGUCUUCCUUAUGAAUUAUUGUCUGGUUUAGCUAAUUCACUAUUAAAUGAUACAAUCUUUGAAAUUGUUAAAGGAUUAAUGGAAAUUCAACACGUUACAGAGAAACAUCUUUUCCAACAGCGUCUUCAAUUAUUGAACCAACAAAAAAUUGAAACUCAAGAGUCUAUAUCAUCAACAUCUACAGAAGAAGAAAGAAUAGCAAUAAAAGCAGCAUUACAUAAAAAACAUAAGGAAGAAUUAAAACAAUUGGAUAUGAAAUUAGUUUUACAGCUGGAUCAAAAAGUAGCUGAUCAACAAAGCAUUUUAGAAAAAGCUGGAGUACCUGGAUUUUAUGUCACAAACAAUCCAAUAGAAAUUCAAGUACAAAUGAGAUUAUGCGAUUUUAUAAUUAGACUUAGCAAAAUGGAAGUUCCAAGUUAAUGUUAACUGUAAUUUAUAAAAAACUGUAUAUUAACACUUUGCUAGUAUCUUUUCAGUUAAGAAUUUAUAAUUAAAUUCUGAAUUAUGUACUUUAAAAUUUAUUUUAACUAGUCUUCUGAAAAUCGAGGUAUUUGUAACACAUUCAUAUAAAAUAUUCUUUUUAUUAAUCGAGAUUUUUGGAAAUUAUAUGAAUUAUGUACAAUUGAUGUCUAUAUAGUAAAUAACACUUUGUAAUACAGAACAAAUGAUGUUCUGCAUAUAAACGAUAGAUCGUAUUUACAUUUUAUUAUAAGUAUUAAUUUCAAGUAUUGAAUUAUUACAUUAUAUGCAAAGAUAAGAAAAGAUAGUAUUUACAACUAUUUUCAAAAUAAGGCUUAUAAAAGAAAAUUAUUAAUGUAUUGUGAUAAA